AGCAGUACUGGUCGGGAUGGAGCUGCGGCGCUGCUGCUGUUGUUUUCUCUCCGCCGCACGUUCAUAUUAACUGUCAACCGACGGGAGCAGCUCGGGACCCUCUGCGCGGAGAAGCACCGUGAAUGGACUACCACAGAGAGAGCUGGGGCUCGCCUUUAUCCCUCCGCCGAAGAGAAGACAAGAAAACAUCAAAUAAAACAGCUGCAGCAUCUGUCAACCUUUGCAGUCUAGGAAAACGCGCGGGUGCAGUAAGAAAAACGGCGCGCGCUCACUGAUUAGUAUGUAGACAAGUCGCUAAUUAACUGGUAAUUACACAAGUAGUAUUUAAACCCGCCUGUGCGCCUCGCGUGUCUGCCAGGAGUCUAAAAUUAGACCGAGGCAGAGCCGCCGGAGGACGCGGUAGUAUUUAUUUAGUAGUUGGUUGUUGUUUUUUUCGUUUUUCAUUAACGCACCUUGGAUUCCUGCCGUUACCACAAAGCAAGUGUGGAGCCGAGGACGAGGUCCAAACAAUUCAAGUCAGACCUGAUUAGGAGAGAGAGAUGACCCUUGUUUUGUCCAUGAAUCCCUUCCUGGACCCAGAGGGAGACCCUCCGCUCUCCACUUACCAGCCCAUAUGGGAGUCGGAGCGCUGCACUAAGACCUGCCUGUCAAACCCCGCCCCGCCAUGCAGCUCCGAAGAACAGUUCACUCCAGAGUCAUCCUGCAGACGAGUUCCUGAUCAUAUUUCAAUGUCGAGGAUCGCAUACUUCAAGAGGAAGUUUGUUGAUGAUGAUGAUGAGGCGCCCUUUAGCUUCAGGACAUACUGCCAGACUGUUGCACCGGUUCUGGAGGAGCGUGCCCACGUGCUGCGCCUCUCCCUGGAGAAGAUGCGAUUCAUCGACGACCCCGAGGCAUUCCUCCGCCGCUCCGUUCUUGUUAACAACCUCCUUCGGCGUCUGCGAGCAGAGAUCCUGCUCCAGAGCACUGACUGGUGCUUUCCGCCCAACCCGGCGUUUGCCUCUGGCCCUUGCAUCCUGCCUCCCAGCACUAACCCCGCUCACCAGGCACUCCACAGAGCAGUGCCCGCCCGCAUCUGCUUAGCGCCCCAAGCCGGGCCGCCCUUACGCAAACGUUUCCGAAUGGUCCGUGGAGGACAGGGGGAUCUCCGCCCUGACUGUGCCCAGACAUGCUGCUGCAUCUACGCCGCCGCGGCCGCCGCAGGACACUACCUCCACCUCCCAUUCUCCAUGUACGACGCAGCGCUCUCCUGCUCGUCCGCGCCGCACUCCUCCUCGUUUUUUCAGCUGGCCAGCCAUAGUAAGUUAGGGCUGGCAGUGGCCGUGGAUGAUCGUGACGACGAGGAUGACGAUGUUGAGGAAGAGGAGGAAAAUGAGGAGGAGGAAGAAGAGCGGGAGGAAGAGGAGGAGGACGAGGAAGACGAUGAUGAAAGAAGACAAGCGGGGCCUUCGGUCGAUGUCGUUAGCAACAAAUCAAGCCAGAAAAGUAGGACUAGGACCCUGCUGGGUGAUGCACACGGGAGGACAGAGGACAGCUGCUCUUGA